AUGAGCACGAUAUACACUGUGCGCUUUUCUUCGCAAUCGAGCAUGGCCUGGGACCCGGUUGUCCAGCUCAUGUUAGAGAAAGGCGCCAACGUGAAUCGCCAUGGCUAUGUCUUCAUCCGCCACACCCCUUUGACAUACGCCGCGAUUCUGAAUCGCCCAUCAAUUGUGCGACGACUACUCGACGCCGGGGCCGACACAGAUCUUAUGACAAAUGAUGGGCUUACCGCGCUUCACGUGGCCGCUGAAGGAUGCUAUCUCGAAGUGGUUCUAGUACUUCUCGAAAAGGGAGCAAAUAUUGAAGCCGUCACUCAACAAAGGCCCGGAGUGCUACUACCAUGUACGAUGAAACCACCAUACCCCCAAACGCCGCUGGCAAUUGCUGCCGAGACUUCUGGCCCGGGGAGCAAAUCCAUACAUGCAGCAUGA